CUCAGGUGAAACUCUUCCUCCUGGUCGUCAGCGAAGAGGAGCAGGGGUCGCAGACUGGACCGUGUCUGGGGGUGCCAGGGGAGACAACGAGGAGACCCCAGACCAACAGAGAUCUCCUGAGGCAGGCUGAGGUGGCUCAGGAAAAGUGCUUGGCCCAUCAGGAUCUUCAGUGAGUGUUAUUCUCCCUGGAGCUGCCCUGGGGAUCUCGUCGGAUCAGUUCCAAACCCUGCAGUCCAGGAUGAGGUGUCCGAGGUCCUUGCCACAGGUGGGCCUGGCUCUGGUGCUCUGCACCUUCACUCUCCUCUUCCUCCUCAGUCUGCACCUGUCACCUCCCCAGCGCGGCCCCUGCAGGGAACUGAAAGAGCCGGGGGACACCCCCGAGGCACUGAUCUGGCUCCCCAAGCCAAAUGUCCCCGCGCGGGCACCCUGCAGGGCCAACACUUCCAUGGCCCAGCUGCCAGACUUUGCAGAGCAGCCACAGCACGUGCGCGACUUCCUGCUGCACAAACACUGCCGGGACUUCCCGCUGCUGCAGGACGCCCCGCCCAGCAAGUGUGCGCAGCCCGUCUUCCUGCUGCUGGUCAUCAAGUCGUCCCCGCACAAUUACGAGCGCCGGGAGGUGGUGCGGCGCACUUGGGGCAGCGAGCGGGCUGUGCGGGGCCUCUGGCUGCGCCGCCUCUUUCUGGUGGGCACGGCCCAAGAACCUCAUGAGGCCCGCAAAGUCAACCAGCUGCUGGCGUUGGAGGCGAGGGUUCAUGGCGACAUCCUGCAGUGGGACUUCUAUGACACCUUCUUCAACCUCACACUCAAGCAGGUGCUGUUCCUACAGUGGCAGGAGGCUCGGUGCAGCAAUGCCAGCUUCGUGCUCAACGGGGACGACGAUGUCUUUGCACACACAGACAACAUGGUCUCUUACCUGCUGGACCACAACCCUGACCACCACCUCUUUGUGGGGCAACUGAUCCAGAACGGGGGCCCCAUCCGGGCCCCCCAGAGCAAGUACUAUGUGCCAAAGAUAGUGACACAGGAGGAGCACUACCCGCCCUACUGUGCAGGUGGUGGCUUCCUGCUGUCCCGCUUCACAGCGGCUGCCUUGGGCCGGGCCGCACGCACCCUAGACCUCCUCCCCAUCGAUGACGUCUUCCUGGGCAUGUGCCUGCAGCAGGAGGGCCUGAAGCCCGCCUCACACAGGGGGAUCCGCACUGUUGGCGUUAGGUCUCCCUCAGCACGUUUGUCCUCCUUCAACCCCUGCUUCUACCGGGAGCUGCUGCUGGUGCACCGCUUCUUGCCCUAUGAGAUGCUGCUCAUGUGGAAUGCACUGGGCCAGGCAGACCUCGCCUGUGGCAAGCAGACUUGGGUCUAUGGAGGUGGUGCUGGGAACCCUAGCCUCUAGGCUCCCGUGUCCACCCCCAUAGGAAGGGGUUACAUCUCCCUCUCAGAAAGCUGAGACCUUUGUCCUCUGAGGGCACAGGGGAGUGCUGUGGAAUGUUUGAUAGUGAAUAUAAAAACUUUUGUGGCAAGCUCCUACACAACCUUCGAAACUCACCCGGUGCUCAUACCAUCUUCAUCAUCUUCCCUAGACUUUUGGCUGGAGGGACCAUCUCUGUCCAUGGCAGCUACUGGCAGAAGCACUUCAGCCAGGGUUCCAGCAGCUGCCGGUCCUUCUAGCCUCUUUGAGUCAAAGUCCUGCAUCCCCUCUCCAACCUUGAUCUCAGGCUGGACCUUAAACAGUGGCCAGCCUCUCCUUGGUAGGGAACCUGCAAUGGUUUAAUCAUGGGUGGGUUCUGGCUAGGGUUCAAGGCCAACUGGGAAUUCCUAGGUACACAUGGAGCUGAAGCAAGAGGCACUUUUCAACCAGGGGGAAGCGUUCAGUUACCGCCCCUCCCUUGGUCUUGGACCCCUCAGAUGGUAGAAAUGGCCUGAGAGGCCGUGCACGGGACCGCCCCCUCUGUGUCCGUGGUGUCUGUGCUCCAGUGGCAGACACAUUAGGCAGAGGGGGGAGGCAGCUAUCUUUCUCAGGCUGUGGUGACUCAGGGUCUGGGCCCCCUGGCAGGACCAAGCCCCCACAUCUGUGCUCAGGGAGCUCAGGGAAUAGUAUUGGGACCAAAAUGCCUUCACAGGGCUCAAGGCCAUUACACACACUCACCCCAGCGCCCAGAGGAGGAGGUGGUUCAGGUCCUCGAGUGGCCCUGAGCUCUUGUGACUCAGGACUGGGCACCCACCCCAGUGUGUCGUUCUGACUUGGGAGAUUCAAGUGAUCCCAUGACCCUUAGUCCUGCUGGCCUUAGACAGGUGUCUGGGACUUGGACCUCACAGUCACUGAGCGGUGGCAGGGGUACUGAAGGCAGCAGAGUGUGGGCUGGAGAGUGGCUCCUUGGGGAAUAAAAGGUUUUGUGAAGACUUGGUGGUAGUGUU